AUGGUCCACAUUCCAGGCGUCAGACACCGUGCCACAGAUUGUCUCUCGAGACACCCGACCGGUGAGCCUGAGAGGUUGCACCUCCCCGAUGACAUCGCUACAAUCUCUUUGACCCCUGCCAUGUUCCUGCACUCCAUAACGCUCAUGGCAGGCCUCCGAACCAUGGCCCCACAAGAGGACACUGUCGAGAUUUGCACGCUUUCCUCUGCUAUGUGUGCCCUGGAGUCCCUCCACUUGAAGUCAGUCACAUGGGACCGGGUCUGUACUGCCACAACUAGUGAUGACAACAUGCAAGCAUUACUUGAUGCUAUUCAAGCUGGCAUGCCGGAGUUUGGUCAAGAGCUCCCCUCACCUCUCCGCGAAUACUUCCCAUUCCGUGACGACCUUUAUACAAGUGAUGGUGUCAUCCUCUACAAGGACCGCAUUGUCAUACCACCAUCCCUACGGGAGAAAGUAUUGGCCCAUCUGCAUGCUGCACACCAAGGAGUAACUUCUAUGACAGCCAGAGCAGAGUCCUCUGUCUUUUGGCCUAGCAUCACUCCAGCCUUUACAGCUCUCCGUGCCCGGUGCAACCAAUGCAACAGGAUCGCACCCUCCAACCCGCGUGCACCCCCCACCCCGUUGCUGUAUCCGGGCUACCCUUUCCAAUGCAUCUGCGCCGAUUUCUUUCACAAGGGCUGCAACUACCUGGUCAUCGUGGACCGCUUCUCCAAUUGGUUUAUCAUUGAGAGGUCCAAUCAAGGGGCAACUGGACUCAUUUCUUGCCUACAGAUGACAUUCGUCACCUUCGGGAUCCCAGAUGAACUAGCAUCGGAUGGUGGCCAAGAAUUUACAGUGGCUGCCACACACCGCUUUCUCAAGGACUGGGGCGUUCAUCACAGACUUUCAUCCGUUGCUUACCCACAUAGCAACUGUCGUGCUGAGGUGGCUGUCAAUUCCGUGAAACGUCUCAUCAUGUCCAACACCAGCCCUGCAGGUGCCCUCGACACUGAUACCUUCGAAUGGGCUAUGCUGCAGUACUGA